UAUAUUGAUCCAUUAAAAAUAAAUAGCAGUGAAUGUAUUAUUGAUAUACAAUUUUCAAAUAAGGAUAUAUAUCUUAUGACUAAAAAAGGGGAAUUAAAAAUUAUAAGAAAUUAUAAGAAAUGUUUAAAAAAUAAAGAAUUUAUAAUUGAAAAUUUUUAUAAAAGUAAAUAUAACUUUUUCUUUUUUAAAAAAGAAAAGAUAAUAAAAAUGAGUGUAAAUAAAUAUCAUUUAGCAUUUAUUACAAAUAAAGGAAAUGUCUAUUGUUCAGGUAAUAAUUUUUAUGGUCAAUGUGGAAAAGAACCAUCCUUAAAAAAUAAUUUAAAUUUAAAUUAUAAUUUUGAAUUCGCAAAUAAUAUAAAUACAUAUGAUACAUUUAAUUCAGUACACAAUCAAGAUAAAGGUUAUGUACAGGAUGGGGGUUAUUAUUAUUCUCCUGAUUAUUUACCA